UAUCUUGAGCGAAGGAAGCGUCUAGCAAGUAUAGCAUCGUGUGUUGCUUUCUACAGUCAACUGUGCGUUAAGCAUGGCAGGCGAUAGUGAACAGACCCUUCAGAAUGGAGAGGAGCAGCACCGUCAAAAUUACCGUCAACCUUUUCUUAUUGGAGUAGGUGGCGGUACUGCCAGUGGGAAAUCGUCUGUUUGCUCAAAAAUUGUGCAGUUGCUAGGCCAGAAUGAGGUCGACCAUCAUUACAAGCAAGUGGUGAUCUUGAGCCAGGACAGCUUUUACAAAGUACUAACCCCAGAACAAAAAGCCAAGGCACUCAAGGGCCAGUUCAACUUUGACCAUCCAGGUAAGAAUGGCGAGGGAGUGACUCUAUCAGAAGCAAUGGGAAUGAAACCAGGAAUUGUCUACAAAAUGGGCAAUAAUAUAAAAAUGUUAUUGCAAAAAUAUACACAAUAUGACAGGAAGAACACUUCAAUAGAAAAUUACACUAAGAAAUGUGGACGUUGCAGUCAAUAUGUAAAUGUUUCGGUAGAUUGUGAGGUGACUGCUGCUGUUGAUCUGCAGCUUGCUGAUGGAGCAGCUGCUGGUGUCAGGCCUGUGUCUUUGGCUGCGAGUAGUGAAAAGUCCUCAUCACUGUUUCUGCAUCUGAAUGUGUUGAACAUCUGGAUUGAUGCUUUGUUGCCAAGCAUAAUCAGUUUUGUUUUGCUUUGCAGGAAAGAAGAAUCUGUUACUGUAUACCCAGCUGAUGUUGUUCUUUUUGAAGGCAUUCUAGUGUUUUAUAACCAAGAGAUUAGAGAUUUGUUCCAGAUGAAACUAUUCGUUGACACAGAUGCUGACACCAGACUGUCACGCAGAGUGUUAAGAGAUAUCAGCGAAAGAUGUAGAGACCUUGAACAAGUUCUCACUCAGUAUACAACAUUUGUUAAGCCAGCAUUUGAAGAAUUCUGUCUACCGGUAAGUUAA